CGCGGCGCCCCCCCGGACCCCGCCGCCUGCCCCAGCCUCUAGCCGCGGGGUCCCCCAUGGCAGUGGGCGCCUCCUCCUGACACCUGUCAAGCUGGACCCCCCCGACGCCCCGCCCGACGACGCUCCGGCCCCGCCCCGCGCCUGGGAACAUGCAUUCCCCGCUGGCAGCCCCGGCUUCCCCGAGGAGCACUACGUGAGCGAGGCGGCGGCAGACAGCCCGGGCCACAGGCUGUACCAGGAUGCGUGCACCAUCACUGAUGUGUGUAACAGCACCAACCUGCCGGAGGUGGAGAUCAUCAGCCUGCUGGAGGAGCAGCUGCCGCACUACAAGCUGAGGGCAGACACCAUCUACGGCUAUGACCACGAUGACUGGUUGCACACCCCGCUGCUGUCCCCCGACGCCGCCGUCGACCUCACCACCGAGCAGAUCGAGGAGACCCUGAAAUACUUCCUUUUAUGUGCUGAGAGAGUUGGCCAGAUGACUAAAACAUACAGCGACUUAGAUGCGGUCACACGGCUUCUCGAGGAGAAAGAGCGGGACCUGGAGCUGGCGGCGCGGAUCGGCCAGUCAUUGCUGAAGAAGAACAAGACGCUGACGGAGAGAAAUGAGCUGCUGGAGGAGCAGGUGGAGCACAUCCGAGAGGAGGUAUCCCAGCUCCGCCACGAGCUGUCCAUGAAGGACGAGUUGCUGCAGUUCUACACCAGCGCGGCCGAGGAGAGCGAGCCCGAGUCCGUGUGCUCCACGCCGCUGAAGAGGAACGAGUCCUCAUCCUCCGUGCAGAACUACUUCCACCUAGACUCGCUGCAGAAGAAGCUGAAAGAUCUGGAAGAAGAGAAUGUAGUCCUCCGAUCUGAGGCCUGCCAGCUGAAGACAGAGACCAUCACCUACGAAGAGAAGGAGCAGCAGCUGGUCAGCGACUGCGUGAAGGAGCUGAGAGAUGCAAACGUGCAGAUCGCCAGCAUCUCAGAGGAACUGGCCAAGAAGACGGAAGACGCCGCCCGCCAGCAGGAGGAGAUCACGCACCUGCUCUCCCAGAUCGUGGACUUGCAGAAGAAGGCCAAAGCAUGUGCCGUGGAAAAUGAGGAGUUGGUCCAGCACCUGGGGGCCGCCAAAGAUGCCCAGCGUCAGCUUACAGCCGAGCUCCGGGAGCUGGAGGACAAGUAUGCCGAGUGCAUGGAGAUGCUCCACGAAGCGCAGGAGGAGCUGAAGAACCUGCGCAACAAGACCAUGCCCAACACCACAUCCAGGCGCUACCACUCGCUGGGCCUCUUCCCGAUGGACUCCCUGGCGGCCGAGAUCGAGGGGAGCAUGCGCAAGGAACUGCAGCUCGAGGACCCGGACGCUCCGGAUAUCACCCACCAGAAGCGCGUGUUUGAGGCGGUGCGGAACAUGAACCAGGUGGUGAAGCAGAGAUCCCUCACCCCGUCCCCCAUGAACAUCCCCGGCUCCAACCAGUCCUCCGCCAUGAGCUCCCUGCUGUCCAGCUGCGUGAGCACCCCGCGGUCCAGCUUCUACGGCAGCGACGUGGGCAACGUGCUGCUGGACAACAGGACCAACAGCCUCAUCCUGGAGACCGAGGCUGCCGAGCUGGGGGCUGAAGAGCUCGGGAAGAAGCCGGGCACGCCGGGCACGCCGGGCUCGCACGACCUGGAGACGGCGCUGCGGCGACUGUCGCUGCGGCGGGAGAACCUGCUGUCGGAGCGGCGCUUCUUCGAGGAGGAGCAGGAGCGGAAGCUGCGGCGGCUGGCCGAGGGGCCGCCCUCGCCCUCCGGGAGCCUGGCCUCGCUGGGCGCGCUCACUGCCGGCUCCGCCAUGUCCUUCGGCAGCCGCUGCUUCCUGCCCGAGAAGCUGCAGAUCGUCAAGCCGCUGGAAGGUUCCGCCACUCUGCACCACUGGCAGCAGCUGGCACAGCCUCAUCUGGGGGGCAUCCUCGACCCCCGGCCCGGGGUGGUCACCAAGGGCUUCCGUACACUGGACGUGGACCUGGUUGAGGUGUACAGCCUGAAUGACCUGGAGGAAGACGACACAGGUGACCACCUGCCCCUCCGGGGCCCAGCUACCUCCACGCCCGCCCAGCGCCGCCCCGAGGCCUCAGGUGAGGAGAGGCCCUGGACCCCCGCGCCCCUGGCCGGCGGCCGAAGCUACCCCCGCCGGCCUCAGGCGUCCUCCGAGGAGCUGCGGGAGCCGACCGCCGCGCAGGAGGAGGAGGAGGAGGAGGAGGAGGGGUCUGCGCACCACCCCGGGAAAUGCAUGUCACAGACCAACUCCACCUUCACCUUCACCACCUGCCGCAUCCUGCACCCUUCUGAUGAGCUCACACGGGUGACACCAAGGUCAUGUGAGGAGGUCGACGCAGCAGCCCAUGCCCCGUUGAGCUGAAGGACACAUAGGGCAGAAAGUCUAAAACCCACAGGCAAGGCAGUGAGCGGGUUGGGAGGCGGGGGUGAGCCGCCUGCCCACCUGCCCGCCGAGCCCUGGCAGGGGCGUCCAGAAGGAUCUGUGUGUGUUGCACGUGUGGCCGCCACUAAUCCAGGGACUCCAGCUUCUGUGUGUCUCUGUG